AGUCAUCAUAGUUCUGAACUCUUUGUCAUUGUCAGGCAAGGAUUUCUCUGUAAAAUCAGUAGGUCUACAUAACUGGGGCUCUGGUUAAAGCAUCUACCAGCAUGAUAACUUUCUGAAAUUAACCAGCCAAACCAUGACCUUGAAAGUCUGUAGUGAAAUAACCAGCCUAGAUAAAUGUAUUAAUGGGCUACUGGCUAUAAAAUUGCAUCUACAAAAUGUCUUGUAAAUAUUUUUCACAAGGACAUGUUAAAUAAUUAUAAUAAAGGGUCAUUAUGAUUUGAAAACAGUGUUUUGGAGUGAUUGCCUCUAACUCUGCAGUUUCACAGUUUCACUUGUGAUACAAAAAACUCUUCAAUUCCCUAAAACCAGUUCCCUUCAAACCAGUUUUUUUUCUUCCUGAACAUUUUACAGUAAACAGAACACGGAAACAAUUUAUACUAUUUAGCACAAAGAAGCUGAAGUGUUAGUUAUUGUUGAGCUGUUGUUUGAGUUGUUUGGUCAGUGUUCAUACGCAGUGAAAUGGGCCAGUGUUUCAGUGGGACAGGACCAGUUCACCUGUCCAGUGUGUCUGGAUCUACUGAAGAAUCCAGUGACCAUUCCCUGUGGACACAGUUACUGUAUGAACUGUAUUACAAGCUGCUGGAAUCAGGAGAAUCAGAAUGGACUUUACAGAUGUCCUCAGUGCAGAAAGAUCUUCAGUCCAAGACCUGCCUUAUGUAAGAAUGUGUUGUUUGAUCAAAUGGUGGAGGACCUGAAGAAGACUAAACUACAAACUGCUGUUCCUGCUGGUGCCUCCUGUCAGACUCAUUUUGACCGUCAUGAAGAAUCUCGCCCAAGUAAACCACACAAAGUGAUCGAUGUCGCUGGGCGAAGGCAGAAGAUGAUCUGUCCUCAACAUCAUAAACAACUGGAAAUCUACUGCCGGACUGACCAGCUCUAUAUUUGUUAUUUGUGUGCAGUAAAUACACACAAAAACCACAACACCGUAACAGCUAUAGAUGAGAGGACAGAGAAACAGAAACAUCUGGAACAAACUCAAAGGGACUUCCAGGAGAGGAUCCAGCAGAGAGAGAAAGAUCUUCAGGAGCUGAGAGAGGUUGUGAAGACUCAUAAGCACUCUGCAGAGAAAGCAGUGCAAGACACUGAGAGGAACUUUACUGAACUGAUCCGCUCCAUUGAGAAAAGCCACUCGGAGAUCACACAGCUGAUCAGAGAUCAGGAAAAAGCUGCAGUGAGUCAAACCGAAAUACUCAUGAAGCAACUGGAGCAGGAGAUUGAUGACCUGAGGAAGAGAGACACUGAACUGGAGCAGCUUCUACAAACAGAUGAUCACAUCAAUUUUCUUCUGAGCAUUGAGUCUUGCUCUGUUCCUCCACAAACUACUGAAGUGCCCAGAAUCACAGCCAAUUCUCACCUCUUAUAUGAUGAUGUGGGAAAAUCUGUCCUUCUGCUAAAAAAUAAACUUGAGGAAGUCUGCAAAGAAUUGACAGAAAUGAUAUCUAAAAGAGUGCAAAACAUUAAGAUCAUUUCCACUUCUGAGGAGAGCAUAAAACCACCACAGCCACGGUCCAGGGCCACAACAAUGCCAGGACCACCAUCCAGUUUCCACCCAAUGCCAUUACCAACUAGACCUCCCCCAAAUGAAUGGUCACGAUACAGAUCCUUGUCGGAUUCAAAAUACUGGCAUUCCAUAGAAUAAGAGUCACAGCCCAGACCCUCCGCAUUGCCAGGAUCAUGUGUCAGACCCUCCACAACACCACUUUGUGUUUGAAUCAACACAAAGUAGAAAAAAUAAAUAAAAUUAUAUUCCUAUUUUUCUUUGUAAAUCUGCAGUCUCUACAAUAGACAGAUUUUGAUUUAAAUUUAGCCUAUCUUAUGGUGUUUAUAUAUCUAAGUAUCCAAUUAUGUAUCUACAGACUUGAUAUAGUAUUGGUAUACAUUUUUAAAACAUUAUUUUAUGUAUAUAUUUAUAUAUUCCUUCUGUUUAACCUCUAUCCCUGAUCAAACACAAGUAAACCCACUAAUUAAGAUCUUCAGGAGCACUUAUAGUUACAGACAGGUGUGCUGCAUGGUGCAGGGUUAGAACUGAACUCUUCAGGUGUAGAUCUCCAGGAACAGGAUUGGCAUGCCUGAUUUAGAUAAAUGUUUUGUCCGCUUAUUAAUGUAUCUAAAGUGCAUAUUGCCUGCUUGCUUGGUAUGUGGUUAAUAAAGACUUAUUU